GGCGGGGGCGGGGUUGGCGAAUAGGGAAGUAGCGCAAGUCUUGGGAUCGCUCCGCUGAAUCCGCCUGCGCGUCGCCACCGUCGCUGCCACCGCCCCCCGUCCCGGGCCCCCCCUCCCUGGGUUCCCUCAGCCCAGUCCGGUCCAGCCCGGUUCCCGGGAGGAUGAAGUUCGUGUAUAAAGAGGAGCAUCCGCUCGAGAAGCGCCGCUCUGAGGGCGAGAAGAUCAGAAAGAAAUACCCGGACCGGGUCCCGGUGAUAGUAGAAAAGGCUCCCAAAGCUCGGAUAGGAGACCUGGACAAAAAGAAAUACCUGGUGCCUUCUGAUCUCACAGUUGGGCAGUUCUAUUUCUUGAUCCGGAAGCGAAUUCACCUCCGCGCUGAGGAUGCCUUGUUUUUCUUUGUUGCCCAGGGUUGCUGCUAGAGAUAAUCCUCCUGUUAGGCUGCUAGGUUGGAACAAGUUGGGGGAGAAUUAAGGCACUGGCUUUGAGGGUCUUCAAAAAAUGGUUUUUGAAGAAUGUGUUUGGGUGUUGGGUGGUUCAAGUAACUAAAGGCCAGAUGCCUGAGCACCAUUAUUUUCUGCUUUCACCCCAGGAGCACCAUGAAGAAGACUUCUUUCUAUACAUUGCCUACAGCGACGAAAGUGUCUAUGGCCUGUGAAGCUGCUGCGCCUGUAGUGGAGGGUCCCAUUCUACAUAGA